AUGCGCCAGCAAGCACGAGCAGAAUAUUUACCUGGAACAACCGUUUUUGCAAAACUAAAAGGAUAUCCCUGGUGGCCAGCAAGGAUUGAAGUGGAUUCAAAUGUGCCAGCCAAAGUGUUAAAGCAAAAAAGCAAGACAAAAAAUGCCUUAUAUACCGUGUUUUUCUAUGGUUCCAGAGACUAUGGGUUCUUUGGUCCAGAUGCUAUCAGACCUUUUGAUAGUGCCAUGGUGGAAAACGACCUCAAAGCAAAGAAGUUUAAAACCAAAGAUCUGGAGCUAGCCGUCCGUCAAGCGUUGAAUCCCUCUUUAUUGACACAACUGGAAGAGGAAAAUAACGAGGAUGAAGAGGAUGAGGAUGCGGAGGACGAGGAUGCGGAGGACGAGGAAGAGAAUGAAAAGAAGGGAAAGAGUAAAAAGACAUCAACAGCAGCGGCAAAUAAGAAGAAACCAGUGGCAAAUGGUAAAACAGCAAAGAAAACGGCAAAUUCAGUGGGAACCACCACAUCAGCACAAAAGAGAAAGAGUCGCAAACUGGCUACGGGAGGAGGAGACGAAGAGGAUGCCGUAGGAGAUACAGCUAUUGGCGAUAGCAUGGAUAGAAAGAGAAGACGUAAAUCCAUGUCGCUUGAAAAGGAAGAAGGACAUGAAUCUCCAAUCGCUCAUGACACUGUAAAGGAUGAUAUCAAGAAAUCGCCAGAAUACAAGAAAGUGUAUCAUAUUAGACAUAGAUUGCAAAGAUUAGUGUACAACAAGAAGGAGGGUGAAAUCCCACUCGAUGAUUACCCAAAGAUCUUGGAGGUUGUCAAGGAUAUAGAGGAGGCACCAAUGACAUAUAAUCUUCUCAAAGAUACCAAGAUUGGCAAAGUCGUUAAAGCCGCUUGCUCUUAUCCUUUUGAAAACGACACUGCCAUCAAAGAUCGCUGCCAGCAAUUGAUGAGAAGUUGGAAGACACAUUUCAUCGAUCCUCAACAACACUCCAAGUUGAAAUCGCAAGAGGAUACACACAUGCAAGAUGUUUAA